UUGAUACUUAUUGGAACUUUAUUCUGAGCAUGCGUAGUGAACAGUUGCAAAACAUCAGAAAUUCGAUGAUUUUUUGUAUAAUUAUUUUCUUAAGCUCAGCUACUCUAACUUGAAUUUUUUUAUGUUUAAUAUUUCAAACUUUUUGUAAAACGUAGCGAUUUGCUUUAGAGUUGGCAGAUACAUCUUUAUAUUAUAAAUUUUGUUGUUGAAAUUAUGUUUUUUAACGAAAACUUUUAAAUCAAAAGAAAUCUUUUAAACAUGGACCAUGCAACCAAAUUAAAUCUAAUUUGUAGAAUAUGCAGAGAAGAUAUAAUAAAAGAUCCAGUUGAUAUAAAUAAAUAUUCCGAAAGAAUCGAAAAUUCCUAUUAUAUAAACACCAGCAUUGAUAAUAAGAAAAUUCACCCACAAAAGAUGUGUAAUAGAUGCUAUACCAAUUUAAGGAACAUUGAAAAAGGUUCAAGUUCUAGUAUUAAACCAGUUGAUUGGCCUUUACCAUGUGCAGGCAAUUGUUCUUGUUUCCCCAAAGUUGUUGGAAGAAAAGUUAAAAAAUGUAAACCUGGUCGACCAUGUGUCAUGGAACAAAAUCAGAAGAGAUGGACUAGGCCAAUUAUAAAUAACUUAAUUAGUACUAUACCAAAACCAACAUUGCGUUUAAAUGUAAUUGAUAUUGAUCCUGUAUCAAAUCCCCACUUAAACUUGUGCAUAUGCAAGUUAUGCAACAAUAUUAUGUAUAAGCCACUAAUAUUAAAAGAGUGUCAACACUCAUUUUGCUCAGUGUGUUUAUUCAAAGAGAUUGAAGGAAAGUUGGAAACAGAAGCUAAAUGCUUUAUUUGUGGACAAACUAUUUCUUUAAAUUCAGUUUUGAAUUCUGUUAAUUUAACACAAAUGAUAGAGCACAUUCUUUUAGGUUGCAAUAAGAAAUGCAAAUUAAAUUAUGCAGUUAAAGACAAUGAGCUUAAAAAACUACAUGAAGAAAAUUGUAUGGGUGAAAAAUUAUUGCAGACUUUUUGCAAAAAAACUCCAAGUGGACUUGAUACAACUCUUUCUGAUAUAUUUUUAUUAAAAGGAAAUGAUGUUAUUCCACGGAUUGUAGAAGAUGCUGCAUUGCAUGUUAUAAAGCAAAAGCAAAUUAACUCUGAAUCAAACUUUUUUUCUUUUCCUUCUGGAGGAUCAAGGGUAAACACAUUUUAA